GUCAACAGGCACAAAUAGGUGAUUUUUAUUGUUUUUUUCGGUUUUACCUCUGGGAUUUUCUUACUUUUACAAAUACCUUCUCAGCGCUGUGAAUAUCAGAAGCGGGAACUCCAAUGGUCGUAUCUAAAGCCAAGAGUAUUUAACAUCUAGAUUUAUCAGCAAAUCUGGCUGUGUUCAAGAAUAGCAGAUAUCUAAACUCAGAAGACUCGGAAUUUGUCGAUACUGUUACUGCAGAAGUCAAAAGGUUUUUGAAGAAAUCAAGUCAAACAAGAGUGCUGUUGUUUCCCCCAGUGAACAGUUACCAUCGGUUUCUGAUACAUAACGUGGUUGAAGAUAUUCCUGAAGUAAAGAGUUUUUCUAUUGGCGAGGGUUCUGCUCGCCAGACCGUUGUCUGUCUGUUGGACGCACUGCGUCGUGGUCCUAAAGGGAUUGAAUUGAUGUCAUCCACUGAAAACUGGUCAUCUAGAUGUGGUCGUGGUAGAGGGCGUGCUCGUGACAAAGCAGGAAACCCAUCUCCAGUGGGACGCAGCUUCCAAAACCUGGCUUCUGGCGAUGACAUCACUGACAGUCGCCUAGCAACAGGACAUGUAUUGCCACAACGUGAUGGCCAAGAGUCUGCCAGAUUUGAUAAUGCUGACCACAUCAAAAAACGGAUUCCUUUAACAUCUAGGAAAAAAUCAAAGAAGCCAGAGAUUCAAGUGUAUGUACCCCGGGCUAAACGCCUACAGCAGCAACAAGAUGAUUCAGCUGAUAGAAGUUGGAGUGAACCCAGCAACGUGUCAACCAGUGAUAUAUCUCAGUCAUGUACCCAGCAGAAGAACAUCAAGGAAAGAAAAGGUGACAAUCAUGAUGACAAGCCUGUAUCAGCAAGAAGAAAAAUCAGGCCUGAAAUGCAGAGGUAUGUGCCAAGGGGGAAAAGAGAGCUCGUCACUUCGUCGCAAGACAAUGGUGGAACUGCCUCUGCACCUGAAAAGGAAAGCGAUUUCAGGAGAGUGAGAACAGAGAAACUUUCUUCCAGAACAGGGCCCAUAAAAAAGUUGAAGAUUGGAGAAAACGGUGAAGAGUUUUCAAGUAUGGUUCCUCAGAACAGUGAACAUCUCACUGAUGAUUUGACUGAUCAUUUUGGUUCUGAUGACAACCACAUUGCAGGUCACCAUUCUUCACCAUUUACCAACACUGACGGGUAUCAGGAAAAAUCAAUGGAAGUUAAUGUGCAGGAAAUGGUUACCAGUUGUCCGGAUUUGAACAUAUCUCAGGACUCUUUAAUUGACCCUUCAGACUGUAAUUCCAGCUGUGAUGGUACAGCUGCUGAACAAAGUAGGAACAGUAAUGUAUCAAGUGAGGUAAGACAUAUGUUAUUAAAAGCAGGUCACCUGUAUGAUAGUAAUGUUCAUAGUGUGAGUGAUAUUGCAGGUGACACCGAUAAUUAUUCCACGUCUGAACUCAUCUGUCAUUCAGCUAACAUAUCAUCCAGCAAAUAUUCCGAAGUAUUAGAAUGUUCCAGCCUAUCCUUGUCUCUUAAUUUAGCAGACGUGUCCAGUGAUAUUGAUCUGCAAGGGAGUGCUGCACUGCAGAGUGCAGAUUCUGUUCCAGCUUGCAGUAAACACGAGUCUGCUGACAGUAUUGACGAUGAUUUGUUAAAAUCUCAUGGUGAUGCUAGACAUGACUUUGAAGGAACGAUAGUGGAAUCAAAUCCUGAUAUUUGUCAUGUUGAAGACAAUAAAGAUUUGGGUUUUCUAGAUGUUAGUCUCAGUCCUGUAGACUCUGGACAGCGUGAAUACUCUCCUAACGAGAAUGAAGCAUCAUUGGAUGUUUUGUGUAGCAGCAGUAUUCCUGAUAGGGGAAACUCGGGUGAAAUUUCAACACCCGAGACAGACGCAGCAGCAUGUGCCUUUAGUGAUUCUCAUACUCCGAGCUUGUCGUCAUGGAGAUCUCUAGGAGCAGCUGAACCUCCAGAGUCUGGCAAACAAGUGCUUCAUUCCUCAGCUCUUCCAGAUGUUGUGGUAUCCACAAUGGAACCGAAGCCCGAUGGUAGUUGUGUUUCAACUGAUAACGAGCCUGACACUGUUGGUGAACCUCAUCAGUCAAGUGGACGGAAGUUGACAUCCAUAGCCUUGAAACAGUUGGACAAUGUCACAGAGUUUAGGCCAUCAUCGGAUGAUGAGAGGAUGAACUCCACAGCUGAUGAUUCCCAGUCGGGGGAUGAAGAUGGGUGGGAGGCCAUGUUUGAUGAUAACGGAGACUGCCUGGAUCCUGAUGUCAUGGAACAGUUGACAGCCCAUGUUGGGAACGUUCAGAUUGAUAAACCCAAAAUCAACUACUUAAAAUUUGAAACAAAAGAUCCUGAACUCGACAUGGAAGAAUACAGCCAUGUGAUAGAAAUCUACGAUUUCCCAUCAGAAUUUAAAACUGGUGAUCUCAUAGUGGUCUUCAAAGAUUUCUUGUCAAGAGGUUUUGAUAUUAAAUGGGUUGAUGAUACCCAUGCUCUUGGAGUUUUUGCAAAUAAAAUAGCAGCCCGUGAUGCUCUUGGCACAGUGAGUCCUCUGCUCAAGGUCAGACAGUUGUCGGAGGCAUCCAAGCAGUCCAAGCUUAAGGCUAAAAAGACUGCUGAAUUUCUUCAGCCUUACAAAGCACGUCCACAGACGUCGGCUGUUGCUGCCCGUCGACUGGUGUCGGGAGCUCUCGGAAUACAAGCUAGCAUCCCACGAGAAAAACGUGAACUCGAGAGAAAACAGCUCAAGGAAGCAAAAGAGAAGAGAAAACAAGCAAGACAGCAAAAGCAGGAUAUCUGGGAUGGAUCUUUUGGAAAGUGUGCAAUGGACGACGGUGUAAAUUAGCAAUUUUAAUUUUAAUAUUAAAAUGAACUACACAAUGAAUACUUUGUUGUGAAAAAUACGCAAAAUACAAUUAAUAUUUAGUGCUAGGUUUACAAGAAUGUUAAAGCGGCAUGGUUACUUAAAGGUAAACAGAUCUAUUUAUAGUUAUGUGCUCAUCUAUAAUGAAAAGAAAAACUACUGGAUGCAGAAUGUUUUCUCUUUUGUUACAGAAAUAAUGUAUUAAACCAAACAGCGAUAUUUAGAGAAUAUUCCAUGAUAGGCCAUUAGUUACUGUUUAUUUUAAACCAGUUGUUUCAAAACAUAUUUAACAAGCAAAUGCGAGUUGGAUAUUUUUUUAAACGAGUUGCAAGAUAAGUGGUUUUCACAAUUUUUCCAGAGGCACACUGGUGUUAUUGCCAUUAUUAUAAAUAAUACUGGCUGGGUAAGAACCUAAUUUAAAUACCAUUCCGUAAAUUAGUUUUUAUUUAUUUUAUAUUUAUUGGUACUAGGUGUGUCAGCUUAGGACUUGAGCAUUUGUAAUCCAUCUUCAUAAUAAGAUUUCAUUAACAAGGAAUCGUAAUUCUUGUUAACAAUUUGAUUAUGUAUAUUGCUUGUGGAUGUUUUGGUUAUUCCUGCUUGUCAUGUUUUAACAGAAUUUGUUAACAUAGUUGUGAUUGUUCUUAAUUUUUCAAGUGUUCUGAACAAAUAAUAUAUAUAUAUAUAUAUAUAUAUAUAUAUAUAUAUAUAUAUGAACUGAUAGUGACCGACUAAAAUAAACUGGACUGUCAUCUCUGCUCCCUACAUCUUGCUUACCUGUUAGGGGCCAUUCAAAUAUUACGUAACACUAUUUUGGUCAAAAUUAGACACCCACCCAUCUCCUUGUAACACUAGACCAUACACCCCCCGAAAUAUUACGUAAUGUUUGGAAAUACACCCCGCCCCAACACACAAGACAAAGCAACAUGGCAAUGUUUAUUUAUACCCAUGUGUACUACGAUGAUGUCAUUAAUGUGACAUAUUGCUGUACGAUGAGAAAAAACCCGCAGAUUUUCACUUGCGCCAUUUUAAAAAAUCUGGUGUAUUAAAGCAUCUCAGCUUGAUUUAUAAUUGUUUUGGGUUUACCUUUACCUCUAAAAACCUACAUUAUAUAUUAUUGUCAUGGCAUGGCACAUUUAAGAGAAAACAAAAUUGUGUUACAUAACGCUGUUCAAUACACACACACCCACGUAACGCUUGGACUUACACCCCCCACCCCCCUAAGCGAAUGGCCCCUUACUAUUAUUCUUGUGGUUCAGAAUAUCUAGGUAUGUAUUGCAUUUUAACUACGUUUUUUUUUUCUUUCUUUUUUUUUUUCACUUGGGAUAUAAACAUUAUGUGAAAUGAAGCUUAUUUAAUAUCCUAAUAUCCCAACCUCCAAAUGUUGCAGCAGCAUUACGUUUGUUCAUGUAUGUUCAAAAGCAGUUAGCACUGGGUGAGUAAACAAUUUCGCCAAAUAUCUAUUAAGCUUGAAGAAUUGGAGAAACCCAGUUUUUUCCCCCAACAAAAUACCAAUUAUGACAUGAAAUUAUAUCACCAUAUUAAAAUAAAAUUUGCCAAUUGUUUUUAAAAUUUGCAAUAGUGAGUGGCUGAGCACAGAUAAAUGUCUACAUCCCUCCAACAAAGUGACAGCAGUGGGUUUCUUCUUUCAUUGUCUAGUCUUGUCAUGUAGCAUUACAUUUUCUACCAUAUGCAUUGAUUACCAUGUUAACAAUGUCCCAAGGUUUUGUUAAACAAUUCUUUCUUUCCUUCGGGUCCCACUAAUUUUUAGUUUGGAUAUUUAGCAAUUCUCUUAUAAAAUAAUUUCAUAUAAAACUCUCAUUUGGACCAUUUUGUGAGACCAUUCAUUUCAUUUCAUUUUCGUGCUUAUAUCCAAGCAUGUUGUCCUGGACACACACCUUGGCCAUCUGUUCAGGACAGUUGUUAGUAAGAAAGGAGUCGGGUGUAGUGGGCUUACACCUACCCACUGAGUUGUUAAAACUCACUGUGGGUGGGAGCAGGUACCGGGCUGUGAACCCAGUACCUACCAGCCUUAUGUCCGAUGGCUUAACCACAACACCACCGAGGCUAACUUCGUGACACAACGAAAUGCCAUUUUGUGUUCAACCCUUUUAACAAAUGUGCAGUAUGACUGAAAUUUGUUCCACUUAUUUUUUAUGCAGAUGCUUCUUAUUAUGUGUUCACUGAUAUAAUUAUGUGUUCAGUGUUCACGGAUAUAAUGACGUACACUGUAGACAAAUGAUCCACAUUGCCAGUACGUGGCUUUUAGGAACCAACACUGUGUAACUGAAAUCUGUCAUUUUUUGUAGUUGUUCAACUCUUGCAGAGGUGGAUUUGGUCAGACUCUUUGUCUGUCAAAGGAAAGAAAGGAUUGUUGUUUAAUAACAUUUAAGUUAAAAAUAAAAAUAAUUAAGGGACGACUAUUUGGUGUUGUAUAUAAAAUAUAGUUAUGGAGGAAACACUUGGUUUAGAACUUGAGACAAGAAACCUAUUGCCAUCUAAUAAGUUUAUUUCUACCAAAUAACAGCAGGACAUCAUUUUCUGUAUACGUGUUUUACCCAACAGACAGGAAAGCACAUACCACAGCCUUAGAUAUACCAGUCACAGACACUGGUUGGAAUGGUGCUCCAUCUCUUAGCAUCAUCAUAGGAGUUUAGCUGGAUUCUUGAGAGGAAAAUAAAUUUUCUGUAAAGUAAUUAAUACUCAUUCACAAAAAUUAUCCAAAUGCAAAAAUGUUUUAUUGGUUUUCACUAGUUUGACAGUGCUAUUGUGGGUUUGUUUAUUUUUGUCAUAAAACAUGAAUAGAACAAGAGAACCAGUAAGGUACAUGAUAAGCUCAUCAGGAGUUUGAUGGAAAACCAUAGAUAUUAAUCGAUAUUACAGGUAUAAUUCAAUUCUAAUUAUGUGAAUUUUUUGCAAUGGGAUGGAUGAACAGUUUGUUUUGGAUCAACUACUGAUGAUACUGUAUCCAUUGGAGAAGGUGCUGUCCGAUUAUUGUUCUUUAUUAGAAAAGGAAAUUUUGUGUAGCAUGGGUACUCUGGUGACACAUCUAUAUUGGCAGAGAAACAGUUUAUGUAUGUAAUGUUAACAAUAUAGAACUGCCAAGAAAUUAGCUGGACAAGGAUUGACCGUUAUUUGUAGUAUACCAUGAAUAGCAGGUCACAGUGACCUAGUAAUGGUACGCGACACGCUGCCAUCCUAAGUUGUUCCUACAUGUGAGGUUUGAUGGUCCUGUAUGCAUCUGUAUCAAAGAUAUGGUCCAGACAAGAAUUUACUGUUAUGUGCAGUAGAUGGUGAAAAGUAGGUCACAGUGACCUAGUAAUAG